UUAACUCAUGCCAAGCUUUGCUCAUAAGAAAUUAGUCUAUUGCAAAUAAAUGGGGCUUUUUUCUUUUCUGGGGGUCCCAUCUAGAGAUCUGUAAAUUCUUCUUCCUUGUUCCACAGUUACCUGAACAUUCUGGUGGCAGCAGCAGUGAAUGAUGCUGUACAAAUGAGAAGAUAUUGAUGGAGGAGCUGGUUUUGGUCAAUGAAUGUAACAAUAGAGAGACUAAAAUAGUUGCACUGCAUUUGGUAAUAUCUUUCCAAUAUUAUGAGUGAAGUUCACCAAGAGAUCAACCCACAAAUGAAAGCUAUCUGUGAAGAAAAGCUAAACCUACAGAGAUUUUCGUCUGGGGAGUCUGAAGGCACCAAGACCAAGGAGGGCGUAGUGCAAAGUGUGACCUCAGUUGCUGAGAAGACCAAAGAGCAGGCCAACGUGGUGGGAGAAGCUGUAGUAGCCAGCGUGAACACAGUGGCAAACAAGACUGUAGAAGGAGCAGAGACCAUCGUGGCCACUACAGGAGUUGUAAAAAAGGAGGACCUGGCAGCGCCGCAGCCGCCCGAGCAGCCCAGGCUGGAGGGAGAGGGGGCCCCGGCAAGCACUGCAGGAGAGGGUGAAAUUGAAGGUGAUCCAUCAAGUUAGGGAAUUCUUGCUCAAAAGAGACCAUUCCAAGAGCAUACAUGGAAGUAUUAGCUGACACCACAACAGGAAAAUCCCACUGUCCAUAGACUAACUACAUUCAGCUCUGUAGUCUUGCACUUGCCUCAUAAACCAGUUGUACAAUAUAUGUAAGGUAGACUCCUCUAAUUGUAAGUGACGUGCAGGUGUGUAUUGGGCUGUGUGUCUUUCCCAUCCUCCCUCCUGGCCUUCCAGUUGCUUUGUAUAUUUUGGUUGGACUCACGAAUCUGUGUCUUGCAUCCAUAUGCACUGGCACUUGGGAUCACUAGGCAUUGUGAAUUUUUUUUAACUAAUAAAAAGUGUUUGAACA